AUGGCAGACCCUCUUCCAUUUGAUGCCUGGGACCCAUUGGAUUACUUGAGUCCAACAGAACUAUCUCGUCUCGACGAACGGUUUGACCACGCAUUACGAGAUGCUCGCUGCCUGGUGUUUUGGACCGGCUUGUCCCCUGAGCUGGCCCAGCGUUGGGCCAGUCAACACGGACUACAGACACUAAUCAUUGCUAUGGGCCCGUUAUAUAGCGAUCGCGAUGUUGGAGGCGCGAGAUACGGCAAGUCUUCUAAUGCGUGGUCCAAGUAUAUGAAAGGAGCUUCAGGUCGAUUUGCAGAAUAUACAGGUCGUGGUGGCCGACAAGCAAUUGUUCUAACGAAGCCACCACCAGACAUUUACAGUCGGCGAGUGUGGUCCAACUAUCGAUGCUUAGAAGAACCGAUCUUGAAAGGAGCCUUUGGGGGAGCAAGGGCCGUCCAGAUCUGCUAUGUCCACCCGACAAUCAAGGGAGCGGCCGCCUUUCAAUAUCAGAUCUGGCCCCUCAAUGAAACCAACGAGUGGGACACAUUCUCCAGAUCUCUUUUGCCUCAUGAUGCCAAUAAUAAAUCCGCGAAAAGAAAGGCGGUCGUUGAGACAAGCACGACAGGAGAAUCCUUGGCGCAAAGCCAGCACGGUAUAUUGCCACUGCCAAGUAAAAAGGAAGCGAAAGCCCUGGAGAAAGAGGCUCGGCGAAAGAAGGCGGAACUAGAGCUACAGCAGGCUCAAGAAAGGGAAGAAGCGAAUCGAAAGCGAGCGGAGAAGGCUCAGCGAAAGAAGGCGGUUCGGCAAAGGAAACUAGCGAUUCGACAACAAGCGAAGGAGGCUCAGGCAAAGAAGGAGGCCCAGGCAAAGAAGGAGGCCCAGGCAAAGAAGGAGGCCCAGGCAAAGAAGGAGGCCCAGGCAAAGAAGGAGGCCCAGGCAAAGAAGGAGGCUCAGGCAAGAAAAGAGGCCAGACGACGAAGAGCAGAGUUGGAGCGACAACAGGCUCUUCAAAAGAAACAAGCCAAACAAAAGAAAAAACCUCCAUGA